AUACGGCCGCUCUGAUGAAGAAAUUAAUUCGUUUUUUGUUGCGAUGACUCAAUUGACUCACUUCGGAUGGGAUUACAAAGUUGACAGUUUCGAAGAUAUAAUGGAAAUACUGAAAAGUCAUUAUUUCACCGUAGAUACUAUUAUGGAAGAGAUCCACCAGCCAUGUUCAAAUCUGCUCAUUUACUGUCAGUAUGAUCGGAAAGAGAAGAAAUGUAAUGAAAUGUUUCAACUCAUUAAAACAUUGGAAGGUUACUGCUGCGCGUUUAACUACGCGGCUCUCAACGAUGGGUUCGAGGACCCGUUUUUUGAUGCAGAAGAUGAUAUGGAAUUCUAUGACGAUAGGAAAGUUGGAGCCAUCAUCUCCACAUCUAAAUCAGGCAGUUACUCGGGACUAACAGUGGUGUUCGAUGUACAUGUCGAAGAUUAUCCUCCAUGGUCUGACUUUACCUUUGAAGGUGCAAGGAUCCUCAUAAGCGACCCGAACGAUUUCCCCGAGACGACCGUCCUAACCAGAUACAUCAACCCGGGGGACAGCAUGGACGUGGUGGUGGAGCCGAUCGUGGUGACGAGCGACCCCGUGCUGCGACGCAUACCGGUGGAGCAGAGGAACUGCUGGUUCCAUGAUGAGGUGGACUUGGCACACACUGACCGGUACAGCUACGAGACGUGUCAGACGGAGUGUCGGAUGCGAGCGUACAUCGCCGCGUGUGGGUGCGUGCCCUACAAGUAUCCUACAGAAAGCGACCGUCGGAUUUGUGAACUCACUGAUAUUGAAUGUAUUCACAAUGUCGUCGUUUUUGACACAAAGGAACCAUGUCCCUGUUUCCUCGAGUGUAGCGAUAAAAAAUAUUUCGCACAAGACAACAUACUGCCCGUUGCCACAAAUAAUUUGCCGAAAAAUAUGCACAAAAACGUGAGUGUGGAUGAUGUUAGCGUUUUGAAGGUGUACUUUGGGAAAUCAACGUGCAAUUGUUAUAAGAAAACUAUAAUUAUAGAUUUUAAUCGGCUGCUUGGUACCUACGGCGGUGUAUUUUCACUAUGUCUCGGAGGGUCAAUUUUGACGUUUGUGGAGAUCACGUAUUUAUUGGCUUCUUAUGUAUUGUCAGCAUUGAGGAUAAGAUUCAGCCUCUAUACGACAGACAAGCAAUGUAAAACUACAUAAUUUACUAUGUAAAUCUACGACCAUAGUUCAGCUACUAUUUCUUUUUUUAAGACCUUGUACCAGUAAGGUCCCCUAAACUCCGAUAGUUAUUAUGCUAGUAACUUUUGAUCGUACCUAUGUACAUCCUGAAGAGUUUUGAGCUUUGAACUCAUUAUGACAUUAUUUUUUUGUAAAUCUAUAUUCGUUAUUAAUAUUGUUAAA